AUGGAUAAACGUGGCUGGCCGUGGAAGAGAAAAUCAUCCGAUAAGCUAGCAAUAGAGAGAACUAUUUUUUCGGCAUCAAGUUCUCCAGCUACUACUCCAGUCGUAGGUGGAAAUCAAGCCGACAAGGGAAAACAUGAUGUCAAUAAUAAAAAGCCAAAGCAUGUUAAAAUCUCAAUUGAAUCAUACAUGUACCUAACGGGCUUGGACGAUCAAGUGAAGUCCUACGAAGAACAAGUGCAGACCAUGGAGGACGAAAUGAAGAAGAUGAAUGAAAAGUUGUCAGAAGCCCACUCGGAAAUGAUUGAUAAAGAUAACAUGGUAAAAACCUUGGAGGAUGAAGUAAAGAAGAUGAACGAAAAGUUGUCAGAAGCACGCAUGGAAAUGACUGAUAAAGAUAACUUGGUGAAACAACAUGCUAAAGUUGCCGAAGAAGCUAUCUCAGGUUGGGAAAAGGUGGAGUCCGAAGCUGCCAUGUUGAAAACUCAAGUUGAAUCCGUGACUCUACUAAAGCAAACCGCAGAAGAUAGAGCCUUGCAUUUGGAUGGUGCCCUCAAGGAAUGCAUGAAGCAAAUAAGAAACUUAAAGGAAGAACACAAUCAAAAGCUGCACGAACUAAUUCUUGACAGAACGAACAUCUUCGACAAGAUGAAGCGCGAACUUGAAUCACAAAUUUCUAAUUUUGAGCAAGAUUUACUCAACACUGCAUCUGAAAAUGCUGCUCUUUCGAGAUCUUUGCAGGAAAGGUCAAACGUCCUGCUUAAGAUAAGUGAAGAAAAAUCACGAGCCGAUGCCGAGAUAGUGGUUUUGAAGGGCAGGAUUGAGCUGUUGGAAAAGGAAGUGAACUCGCUCAAAUACGAGCUUCAUAUAUCUAGGAAAGAGUUGGAAAUACGCAAUGAGGAAAAGAACAUUAGCGUGCGGUCCUUAGAAGUAGCGAACAAGCAAUACCUUGAAGGAGUGAAGAAAAUCGCUAAGCUCGAAGCCGAGUGCCAGAGAUUGCGGGGCCUUGUUCGGAAAAAACUGCCCGGUCCAGCUGCAGUGGCCCAGAUGAAAUUUGAAGUUGAGAAUUCUAGGCGAGAUUAUAAUAAUGAGCCUCGUUUGAGGAGAUCACCAAGGUCGCCACUGAAACCUACUACCACACAGUUCUCCCAGAUGCCCGAAUUUUCUCUUGACACCUCAAUUAAGUACCAGAAAGAGAACGAGCUAUUAACAUCACGUUUAAUGGCUAUGGAUGAAGAGAGAAGGGUUUUAAAGGAAGCAUUGGAAAAUUGUAACAGUUCACUGCAAGCUUCUAGAACUAUGCACACAGAGACGGUCAAGCUUCAACGUCUAGAAGCAUGUGGACAAGCUAAUGCUCAAGUCUCAACUGAAGAUUUCUCCAUUAAGGAUGAAUAUGAGGAUAGUGUAAGCUGUGCUGGUUCUUGGACUACAGUUUCAAUUUCUGGCAAUUCCUACAUUCAGAAGGAAAAAACUACCCGCAGUCCAUGCACACCUGAAAACAUUAGUAGUCACCUGGAGCUGAUGGAUGACUUUUUGGAGAUGGAGAAAUUAGCAGAUAUGUCGAACGAGUCAAAUGGAACAGUUUUUGGUUCGGAAGUUUCAGUUAAUAAGGGCAAUACAGGGUCCGAUGCCAACGACCAAGGAUUGCAAAUAGCCAUCUCGUGUCUUUAUGAUUUUGUAAGGAUUCUUGGUAAAGAGGCUAAGGCUGUACUAAAAACAUCCGAUGAUGAUGAUGAAUUAAUUCGACUGUUUGAUGCAUUCACUACCAAAUACUCUGAAUCUAUUAACAGCAAGAUUAAUUUAGCCGACUUUGUUCGAGACAUGUCUGGCAUUUUAAACAAGGCAAGUUCAAUGCAACUGAAUUUCCUGGGAUUUAAAAGCUCUGACGUGGGGAAUUUUGAUACUUCCGAUUGCAUCGACAAGGUUGCUUUACCGGAGAAUAAGGCUAUAGUGGAGCCAUCAGGUGAGAGGUAUUCGAAUAAUUGUUCAAAGUUUUUGGAUUCCACAUCUGUACCUGAUAUCCUGAGUGAAGGGAAUAAUGUCCCAACCUAUGAGUCGAAAGGGAACUUGGGAAGAUGUUCACUGGAGGAGUUUGAGCAGUUGAAUGUGGCCAAGGACAGGCUGGACGCCGAUUUGGCUAGAUGUAGGGAAGAUUUCGAGAGCACCAAUUCCCGGUUGCUGGAAACAGAAAAACUACUAACUGAUGUUAAAUCGGAAUUAACAUUAGCCCAAAAGUCAAACAGCUUGACCGAGACACAGCUCAAGUGCAUGGCGGAGUCUUACAAAGUGCUUGAAACUCGGGCAGAGGAAUUGCAGAAUGAAGUUAAUUAUCUGAAUGGGAAAUUAGAGAAUUUGGAUAAUGAGCUGCAAGAGGAGAGGAGGAGUCAUCAAAAGGCAGUUACUAGAUGCAAUGAGCUCUUGGAGCAACUACAAAGGAUUGAUGUUUGUAAGGCUGAGGCAGCUGUUAAGACUAGCCAGGAGAAGGAGUUAGCUUCUGCAGCCGAAAAGCUGGUAGAGUGCCAAGAAACCAUAUUUCUUCUCGAUAAGCAGCUGAGAGCCUUACGUUCCCAGAAAAACGUAAGCAGUCAACAGGUUGAAGUCUCGUCCGAGGAUAAAAACUAUUAUGGUCCAUCUGAAAUGGAAAUGUCCAAUUCAUUCAGUUCCCUUAGAACAAGCAUGACAGAGUGCACCUUGGAUCAUCUGCUCAAUGGUCCACCUAGUCCAUCCGAGUCUCUAUCAAACGGAUCAAUUACAUCAAACAUAGGAUCAAAGCUUCCGAAAUCUCGCACCACAAGGUCUGGCUCAUCUUCGGCUUCUUCUACUCCCACACCGGAAAAGCAUACACGUGGGAUUAGCAGAUUCUUUUCUUCCAAGGGAAAGAGUGCCCAUUUGCUUGUUUAG